AUGAAGGUCGGAAAGCCAAAGUCGAAGCGCGUACCCGUGCGGUUAAGGCACAAGAUCGAGAAGGCUUCAGCGGCGAAGCAGAAGAAGGCGAAGAAGCUUGCCAAGAAGGACCCAACAUGGCGCUCCAAGACCAAGAAGGAACCCGGCAUUCCCAACCUGUUUCCCUACAAAGACAAGAUUCUCGCAGAAGUGGAGGAGCAGCGCAGGAGGAAGGAAGAGGACAAUGCACGCCGACGCCAGCUAGCGAAGGAGCAACAACAGAAGGGCGCAACCGCCGAGGAUGUCAUGGAGGAUGACGAAGAGUUUGAGCAAUUCGAUGCUGAAGGCGAUGAACUACUUGCCGACGACAGCGAAGACGAGGAUUCGAUGCAGGUGGACAACAAGUUCAACCCCAUGGCAGCUCUCCUAGCUUCUGCCAAAGCGCGCGCCGCAGAAUUCGAGAAGAACGACGACCCAGACGCCAUGGAAGACAGCGAUGACGACGAGUCGGAUGACGAUGAUACCGUCAGGGUCCGCAAAGAUGCGUCAAGAAAACAGUUCGACAAGAUAUACAAGCAGGUUGUCGACGCCGCGGAUGUUGUUCUGUACGUGCUCGAUGCUCGCGACCCAAUGGGAACACGAUCGAAAGAGGUGGAGCAGGCCGUCAUGGCAGCCGACCGUUCAAGCAAGCGCUUGAUAUUCAUCCUCAACAAGAUCGACUUGGUCCCACCGCCGGUACUACGCGCAUGGUUGAUUCACCUACGUCGCUCAUUCCCUACUCUUCCUCUACGUGCGUCAAAAUCUGCGCCUAACGCGCAAACCUUCGAGCACAAGGACCUCUCAAUCAAGGGAACAUCCGAGACACUCUUCAAGGCUCUCAAGACCUUCGCUGAGUCCCGUCAGUUGAAGCGCGCAGUCCACGUCGGAAUUAUUGGAUUUCCCAACGUUGGCAAAUCGUCCGUCAUCAAUGCCUUGACAUCGAGAGUAGGCGGCAAGGCUGCUGGAUGUCCUACCGGUGCUGAGGCGGGAGUUACCACCAGUUUGCGUGAAGUUAAGAUUGACAACAAAUUGAAACUCAUCGACUCGCCUGGUAUCGUUUUCCCCAACACCGAAGGAUCGAAGGACAGCAAGGUACAACAAAAGGCGCGCCUGAUUUUGCUAAACGCUGUACCCCCAAAAGAGAUUGAUGACCCUGUUCCCGCUGUCAGUCUGCUCAUCAAAAGACUGUCAUCCUCGGAAGAGCUUUUCUCGAAAUUGAUGGCAGUCUACGAUCUACCUCCCCUACACGCUGUGGGCAACGACAGGACGACCGACUUCUUGGUUCAAGUAGCAAGGAAAAGAGGCCGUCUGGGCAAGGGCGGUGUACCCAACAUGCACGCCGCGGCACAAACCGUCAUCGUCGACUGGAGAGAUGGUCGCAUUCAAGGAUGGACCAGCCCUCCCAAGUACACCCCUGCGGAGCCUGAUACCACCAAGACUGCACCAGCUACGAAGGGCGGACUCGUUGGCGAUCAGAAGGAGAUCGUCAAGGAAUGGGCUGCGGAGUUCAAGCUUGAUGGUCUAUGGGGUGAUGAUUCAAAUGAUACGGCGGUACCAGAGGCUAUGGAGGAGUAG